AUGACGUGUACUGUGAUUGUUGGAGGAGGACCAGCGGGUAUCAACACCGCGCAGGCAUUGGCAAAGAAUCUCACAGAGUCCGACAAGACGGACGUAGUAGUUCUGGAGAAGAGUGCGUACUUCUAUCACGUCGUUGGGGCUCCUCGAGCCUACGCCAACGCGAGCUUUAUGAACAAGAUGUUCAUCCCGUACGACAAUGCAAUUUCCAAGAACGCCACCAAGUUUGUUCGCAUCGUGCGCGGUGUCGUUACAAAAAUUUCAGCCGCCACGAAUGAGAUCUUGUACCAUACAAUCGACAACAACGACAAUGAGAGUACGUCAACGACUUCACUGCACUUCGACAACUUGGUUUUGGCCAUGGGAAGCACUUACACUGCGCCCAUCAAGCAAGACAUUCAUGACUAUGCUCGAUCCGACCACGAAUCCAAGCUCCAGGAUGUGCGUAGUCACAUUGAGACAGCGAACCGGAUCUUGGUGGUGGGCGGAGGUGCUGUGGGCUGUGAAGUAGCAGCUGAGAUCAAGUCCAAGUACCCCAACAAAUCUGUGAUGCUGCUCGAAGCCAACGCGAGGCUGAUCUCCGGUAGCAAUCUCCGUGACAAGUUCUACGUGAAGCUGAGCGCGUCACUUGCGGAUCUGGGCGUCAAAGUGAUCUUGGGUGAGCGGUUGUCGGAGAGGAUGACCGGAAACGGGUUCGAGACACGCACUUUGUAUACAAAUCAAGGAACAGCGAUUGAAUCGGACAUCCAGUUGCUCUCGGUCAAGGUGAAUGAACAGCUGCAACUGGACGAUGCAAGCUACGCAAAAAUGUUCGCUCUGGGCGACGUAUGCAACCACUCGUCACAAAAGAUGGCAUUCAUUGCUGGUGAGCAAGGCAAGUUUCUAGCGGGCGAGCUAACUGCGGCAUUAGUCUUACCGCUUGGACCAAACGGAGGAGUGACUCAAUUGCCCUUUUUCGGUGGAAUUGUCCUAGGAGAUUGGGUCACGUGGAUGAUGAAGCUCAGGGAUUACUUCGCUGGUCAGUUCUGGUCUAACAUCGGUGCCACUGCUCCAAAGUAG